AUGUUUUCGUCGUCGUCGACGUCGCUCUCACGAAAAGACGGCGCUGCCAAUGGCGCUCCUUCUGCCUCGGCACCGUCGCAUCGGCUGUUUCUACGCAGCCGCAACUCGUCUGGCUCCAUAUCCAACCGUUCAUCCAGAAGUGGACAAAGUGAAAAAUUCGACAAUGCUGAAAAUCACGGAAACCACCACCUGGACAUUAUCAGCAAUACCAGUAACAACCCAAACACGAGCUACCAGUCCAACGAUACAGCUUCAACAGACACUACAGGCGACCACGAGUUCCACAACGCCAAUGCCGAACGGUUUCUCAAGAAACUCAAGCAUACAGACUCGCGUGCAUCUACAACUCUGACCAAAGGAAAGAGCUCAGCAACUUCUAGCCCAACAGCCAAUACUGUGCCACCACCUCUUCCAGACCUGACUACUUCAGACUUGUUCAAGAAGUAUGGUCCUAUAGGGAAGCUCCUCGGCACAGGAGCUAGUGGCUCUGUCAAUUUGGUUACCGCCAAAGAUGACCCUACGCAGAUCUUUGCAGUGAAGAAAUUCCGGUCGAGAAUGCCCCAGGAGCUGGAAACUGACUACAAAGUCAAGGUAAAGAACGAAUUCAAGAUUGGUGACUAUCUCAAACACGAAAAUUUGAUCUGCACCAUUGAGCUUAUCAAGGACUACUCACUGAAAUCUUCAGCCAAUAGCAGCAGCACCAGCAUCAAAUACUACAUUGUCAUGGAAUACUGUCCGUACGACUUCUUCAACUUGGUGAUGAGUGGACUUAUGAGCACAGAGGAAGUGUGUUGCUACUUCAGACAGAUUGUCAGUGGUGUAGCUUUCUUGCACGAAAACGGAUUGGCUCAUCGUGACUUGAAACUUGACAACUGCGUAGUCAGCGAGUUUGGUAUCUUGAAGUUAAUCGAUUUCGGCUCGGCCGUACAAUUUCGUAAGGAAAUCACCGAUCCCAACGCCUCCCAUGAUGAUCUUGUCGACGAGCAGUACACCUUGGUCAAGGCUAAGGGAAUCGUCGGCUCUGAUCCAUAUUUGUCUCCUGAGGUGCUUGCUUCUCCUCUGGAAGGGUACGAUCCUCGUGCUGCAGAUGUCUGGUCAGUGGCUGUGAUCUUUUGUUGUAUGAUCUUGAAAAGAUUCCCCUGGAAGAUCCCAAGGAUCUCCGAUCCUUCUUACCGGUCUUUUGUAGGUGCUCCAAGUAACGCUUCGGAAGAUCCAGUAACAGUAAUGCAGAACAGCGUUUCUGAAAUGACCGUUAGCAGCAGUGUCAAGAGUACAAGAAACGGACAUCACUCCCAGGGUCCAGAACGUUUGAUGAGAUUGUUGCCAGAAGCUUCGCGAGAGUUGGUUCGUAGAAUGUUGAUCCUUGAUCCUGCCAAUAGAAUAUUAAUGGCUGAUGUGCUCCAGGAUGACUUCAUUAACUCAAUCGAACAAUGCCACAUGUUUGUAGACGACGACAAUGGCAACGAAAUCUUUGUGCCAGUCUCAAACCACACCCAUCACUUGGUUACCGAAGAAGACUUGCAGAAGUUGAACCAAGAGAAGGAACGAGUUAAGAAGUUGAAGAACGCCGGAAUGGCAUAA